UUGAAAACUGAAGCCCAAAACAAUUGGGCUGUAAAAUCCCAUUAUAAGUAUUAAUUAAGAAUCGCGAAGAAAGAUGGAUCCAACAGUCAUGUCCAUUCCACCUAACUGUUUCACACUGCGGUUAGUUUCCCGCCGUUUCGCCGCAAAACUUCGUCGUUUCUAUUCCGGCGGCGCUCCGCACGCGCCACCCAUCACCAAGAAGACAUGCAUACAUCUCCUGAAGGCCUGCAAGUCCAUGGCGAAGCUGAAGCAAAUUCAAGCUUUACUCUUCACUCUUGGCAUCCACCAACAUGUAGACACGCUCCACAAGCUCAUGGCCUUCACAGCAGACCCUCUGCUCGGAAAUCUUAGCCACGCCCAGCUAAUCUUUGACCGCAUUGACAACCCGACUUUGUUCAUCUACAAUGUGAUGAUCAAAGCGCAUACGAAAAUGGGUCGGUUCAGAAAUGCGCUUUUCUUGUUUGAUGAGCUUAGAGGGCGGGGGCUGUGGCCUGAUAAUUUUACGUACCCGUUCGUGUUUAAGGCCGUUGGAGGGUUGCGGGUAGUUCUUGAAGGUGAAAAGAUUCAUGGGUUUGUGUUGAAAAGUGGCGUUGGGUCUGAUUGUUACGUGUGUAAUUCAGUCAUGGACAUGUAUGGUGAGUUGGGUUAUGUGGAGAGUAUGAAGAAAGUGUUUGAUGAAUUGCCAAACAGAGAUUCGGUGUCCUGGAAUGUUUUGAUUUCUGGAUAUGUUAGAUGCAGCAGAUUUCAGGAAGCUAUCAGAGUUUAUAGAAUGAUGGGGCAAGAGGGAAGUAUUAAACCUGAAGAGGCCACUGUUGUUAGUACCUUGUCAGCUUGUACUGCAUUGAAAAAAUUGGAACUUGGUAAAGAGAUACAUCAGUAUGUUAGCAAAGAGCUUGGAUAUACCAUUAAAAUUGAGAAUGCUUUGGUGGAUAUGUAUUGUAAGUGUGGGUGUUUGAGUGAGGCUGGGCAAAUAUUUAACACUAUGUCCACAAGGAAUGUUAUGUCCUGGACUAGUAUGGUUUCAGGUUAUGUGAGUUGUGGUCAGCUGGAUGAGGCUAGAGACCUAUUUGAGAGGAGUCCUGUAAAGGAUCUCGUUUUAUGGACAGCUAUGAUUAAUGGGUAUGUGCAGUUUAACCUUUUUGAAGAUGCCAUGACCUUGUUCCAAGCAAUGCAAAUGCAAAGGAUCAAGCCUGAUAAGUAUACACUGGUUUCUCUACUCAAGGGUUGUGCUCAAGCGGGAGCUUUGGACCAAGGGGAGUGGAUUCGUAAUUAUAUAAUUCAAAAUGGAAUAGUAAUUGAUGCAGUUGUGGGUACUGCCCUUAUGGAGAUGUAUGCAAAAUGUGGGUGCCUUGAGAAGUCUUUAGAAAUUUUCAAUGAGUUAAGAGAGAAAGAUGCUGCAUCAUGGACUUCAAUUAUUUGUGCUCUUGCCAUGAAUGGAGACACCGGCAAAGCCUUGGAACUGUUUUCACAAAUGCUACAAGCUGGAAUUAGACCUGAUGAUAUUACCUUUAUUGGUGUUUUAACAGCUUGCAGUCAUGGGGGAUUAGUAGAGGAAGGCCGUGGGUAUUUUGAUUCAAUGACAAGGAUUUAUGGCAUUGAACCAAGUUUGGAACAUUAUGGGUGUUUGAUAGACCUCCUUGGCCGUGCUGGGCUAUUAAAUGAAGCUGAGCACAUGAUAGCCACCAUUCCAAAUAAAGAUAGCAAGAUUGUAGUUACCCUUUAUGGUGCCUUGCUUAGUGCUUGCAGGAUUCAUGGUGAUGUUGAUAUGGGAGAACGUAUUGUUAAAAUGCUCAUGGAAAUUGAAUCCAGUGAUUCCAGUACUCAUACACUUCUGGCUAACAUGUAUGCAUCUGCCAAUAGAUGGGAAGAUGUAUCAAAGGUCAGAAAGAAUAUGAAAGCUCUGCAUGUUAAAAAAUUGCCAGGAUCCAGUUCAAUUGAGGUUGAAGACCAUUCAUGAGUUCACAAUUAAAGACACAUCUUACUUCCAAAUGAAGGAAGCUGUUCUUCAAUUAUUAGAAUGUUUUUUCAUGAAUUUACAACUUACUGUCAUUGAUUGGGCACAGGAAAGUGGGUUGCAAAUUUUGGUGAUGUGCUCAAUUUGUUUAUGACAGGACCAGUAGGCAAUUUUUAUAUUCCAAUAGCUCAUACACACGGAAAAGCUUAGUUGAAGCAUCUUAGAUGUGAUAGACGAAUGAAGAAAUCUUGCUAGUGAGAAUCAGCUUGCAGAGAGCUUUAUUUGCUGAUUCGGUGUCAUCAGAGAAGGCAAGUGCCUAUGACAUACUCUUUUAUUUACUGAAACUGAAGGAGUUGUGAAGAGAUUGCUGCAGAUUUCAUUCUUCUAGGAUUUGCUUAGAUGCUGGAGCGUAAUCAUAGUCUCCGUCAUCAUCGUCACCAUCCCCUUCUAAGCAUGUUGCUGGAGCAUUAUUGUAUCCAUCAUCACCAUAAGAAUCUCUAUCAGCUUCAUUCCUGUAUCCCAAACCAAUGAUCUUGAGAACAGUAGGCAUUCUCUUCUGUUGUUUAGAAUGAUGAGCGUAUCGGGGCAGGGUUUAGAAGACCAAUGUUAUGUGGCUUGUCUUCCUUGAAUUGAGAAUGGAUGUGAAGGGGUAAGCUAUAUGCUUUUUAUAAAGGGAAGAGCCACCAUUGAAAGCAUUUUGGCAGAGGGCUGGCAUGUGGUGAAUGUGGAGUGUUUCCAGAGGAAUGUGCCUAACCACGCUUUUCUGAAUUUACCAACUUCUUGGGUAUCCACAUCAGAAAUGCACUUGACAUGUCAGCUUAAUGCUGUCAAAUGGUACUGUGUGAUGGAGCAUCUUAUGGGGCCAUGCUUGGGUUGUAUAAAGUUUGCCAGGGUUGCAGUUACAUUGAGGCUGAUGGCCAUACAUUAGUUCACAAUUACUCUGAAAUGAAGGAAACGUACUGUUCUACAAUCACCAGACAUUUUUUCAGGAAUUUCAAAACUUAGUAUCAUCACUUGAGCACAUGAGAAGUGGGUUGCAGACACC